ACCGCAUUGGCUUACCCCCAGACAUCCGACUCUUCUGGCUGUGCUUCCUCAGCCUCAGGGACCUUCCAAAUUCAGACCGUCAACCAAACAUCUUCUAACAGCAAGCGUGACCUCGAGGCUCGCCAGCUUGCUGGCGCCCUCACUCUUACCCUUCAGGAUGGUAUUUUGAAGGAUCAGGCCGGUCGUCAGGGUUACAUUGCUGCCAAUGACCAGUUCCAAUUCGACCAGCCCGUACAGGCCGGUGCCCUCGUGACCGACGGCUUCGCUCUCUGCAGCAACAACUCCCUUGCUUUGACAAAGGGUGGCCGUCCCGCCGGUGACACUACCUUCUUCCAGUGCUUAUCUGGUGACUUCUACAAUCUGUACGCCGACUCUCAGGGCGCACAGUGCUUGCCCAUCUACAUCCAGGCUGUUAAUCAGGGCUCCGGCUCUGCUUCUCAGAUCAGCGACGGUCAGCCUCAGGCUACCGCUCCUGCCGCUUCCGCCACCAAUGCUGUCUCUCAGAUAUCUGACGGUCAGCCUCAAGCCACCACUCCUGCCGCCUCCGUGUCCAGGGUCGUCUCUCAGAUCUCCGACGGUCAGCCCCAGGCUACUACUCCCGCCGCCUCGGCCUCCGGCGUAGUCUCGCAGAUUUCUGACGGUCAGCCCCAAGCUGGUACACCUGCGCCUACUGCUAGCAACGUCGUUUCCCAGAUCUCUGAUGGCCAGCCUCAGGUUGGAACCCCUGCCCCUUCCGUCGGCAAUGUUGUCUCCCAGAUCUCUGAUGGCCAGCCUCAGGUUGGAACCCCUGCCCCUUCCGUCGGCAAUGUUGUCUCCCAGAUCUCCGACGGCCAGCCCCAGGCUCCCGUCGCCACUGGUAACGGCACCACCUCGCGCCCUAGCGUGACUGCCACCCAGCCCGCCGAGUUCACUGGCGCUGCCGCCUCCACCACUUUUGGUGUUGGUGCUCUCGCUGCUGGACUGGUGGGCCUCUUCGCCAUGUUGUAA